AUGGCUGCCAACACUCCACCAGUAGGAAGCUUACCUCCAGCUUCAACUCCAACCCCAAUAGCUGACGCUACAGCUCUACCUGCGGAAAAUGUUUCGCCGACUACUAAUACACCACAAGGCGGGGCAAAAGCGCCCGUGGCUGUCAUACCAGUGCCAAUACCACCAAAUAAGCCAAAUGAGCCAGCUUUUCAACUUAAAAUUGAGCCAGAUACAAGACUGGAGUUCAAGAGUGACAAAUUGACGGAAGAACCGUGUCAAAUUGAGGUUAAAUUGACAAAUCCAACGAAGGAUAGGCAAACAUUCAAGGUAAAAUGCACAUCGAACGACAUUUUUCGGGUACGUCCACCACUUGGAUUUUGCGAUGCAGAAGCUUCGACUCCAAUUAAAAUUACAUUUUCAAGUAAAACAGUGCCUGAUAGUGGAAGGCAUUAUUUUGCAUUCUAUCAUAUGAAAAGUAAUGAGAAAGAAAAGACUGCCCGACAAGUUUGGACACCUCAAUCAAAGUUUGAAGGUGUACGCCGUAUUAUGGUUUACUUCCUCAAAAAUGAUGGAACUCCAGUCCCACCCACUGGGAAUACACCACAAACUGGUGACACACUGCCAGCAACUGUGCCAACUGGUGGUGCUACUGCACAAGUGGCGGAUACACCGGCAGCGAAUGCAUCUGCGCCAGCUGCAGUUCCUGAUGCAAAAGCAUCAGGAACUGCAGAUGAAAAGGCGACAGCUCCGGACGCAAAAAGAUCUUCUACUGUGACGAAAUGA